AUGUUCCGUGCAGCUAAUCUAAAACACAUCGGCAAAGCGGGAACGGGCUGGCACUUUUGCCGAACGAUGGACGAGCUUGUCCAUGAUCUGGUGUCAGCGCUGGAGGAGAGCUCAGAGCAAGCGGCGCGGGGAGGCUGUGGCGAUGGAGGAGACCAUGCUCUGACUGUGGGCUGCCUGCUCAAGAGACAAGCUCGCAAACGUAGAGGCAGAAAACGCCGGUCUGACAACCCACACCCGCCCUGGGAGACCGGGCAUCUGAGCGAGGGGUCCGAGUCCAGUGUGGAGGAGCACAAGGACUAUCGUGCCAGUACAGGAGCUGUGUCUGCUGCCAACAGUCACGCUCGUGAUAACAGCGACUCAGACGAACAGCUCAGUGCUAAACGGCGUACACCACUUGUAGCUGAAACCGGGCGCAGCAAAAGGCACCUGUGGCCCGACGACUUGGCUGUCCUGGGUUCAGCUGAGGGAACUCGCAGCCUACGGAGGCGCAGGAAGGUCAAGCGGAUGGCAGUGGAUCCUCCGGCCGAACCAGAACCACCUACUCUCCUCGGACCUCCCCCUGUCCCUAAAGCACGGCCUGCUGUCAAGGCGCAAAGACCGAGCGCAGGUGAGGGAAGGAGUCCCAUGGAGCUCUGUGGGGUCUCUGUGAUUGGUCCAGGGCCAGGCAAGAGUCGUCUGAAGAAGAGGAAAGUUGCUGCGCACAAGUUAGGCCAGGAAGACGAGGGGGUUGUGGUGGAAAGUGAGGACAUCUCCUCUCCAACAGAUGGAUCCAAGGAUAAGAUGGAUCUGGAGGAGCAGAAGGCCUCUGAUGAGGACAUGAGUGACAGGUGCGAAACAAGCAGCGUCAGUAACAGCAGUGAUGGUGGUCUCUUUACUAAUGAUGAGGGGAGACAAGGAGAUGAUGAGCAGAGUGACUGGUUCUAUGAGGGAGAGCCUGGUACUGGGUCUGUGCCUGGUGGGGCGUGUGGGGUGGCAGGAGUGGUCCCAUGGUGGGAGAGGGAGACUCCUUCAGAGGAGCUGGACCUUGCAGACCCUGUCUUUAACAGUAUUCUCACUGGAGCCUUUCCACUCAUGAGUCCUGGAAAUCAAAGAGGCCUCCAUGCUCGAUUAAACCGCCUCCAUGGGAACCCGCAGGGCUCAGAGGGGCAGGGCACAAGUCAAAGCUUCAAUGAGAGACUGAAUAGACAAACACAGGACCCCCAUGAGCCAUGGUUUUCCCCAGGCCUAAGGAGAGAACACGCACAGUUGCAUUGGGACCCACGCACAGACAGAGGACACCGCAGGAGCUGCUCAGUGAAAACAGCCAGCAGGCAAACGAGUGGACACCUUGGCUCUCUAUGUACAGGAGAUGUGAAGCGGAGGAGAAAAGCUGCGCCGCUCAGUUUGACAGGCCCCUCAGGAAUUGUUGGGGAGAAUGCUCCGCCCAUCCCAGAGUCAAACAUGGGGAACAGAAUGCUGCAAAGUAUGGGCUGGUCCCCUGGGAUGGGCCUUGGUCCUGAAGGACGGGGUAUGACUGAUCCUGUCCGGGCCACGCAGAGACCCAAAGGCACAGGGCUGGGCUUCAACUGA